UGUUUUGUUUUUUUUUAGUUUUUGAUGUAUUCCUCUAGCCCUAUCACAUUUUAGUUUCAAGCCCCAUCUUGUCUGGAUAGUUCAAGUCUUUCCCCAUCCUCUACACUGCAGGUAGAAGAAUCAACUACAUUGAAAAUCGGCCCAUGUUACUUCCUGGCUUAAAGUCUUUCAGUCAAGGUCCACAGCCUUCAGCAUGACACCCAAUAUCCUCCAUGACAGGACCCAUACCUGUCCAUCCAGACUCUUCUUCCACAGACUCACAGCUUAAGUUUCCUCUCCUGUCAAACUUCUUGUGUUUCCCUAGCAAUUUCUGGGCCUCCUGCCUCUCGUCUUUCUUUGCUACAACACCUUUCCCCCUCUCCUCACUGAACUAAUUCACAGCCACUUUCUUCCAUUUGGCUGAGGCAUCAGCUCCUCUGUUAGGCCUCCCCAGUCCUCAGUGUUGUCAUGGUACCCUGGGAACAGGUCAGUGCCUAACAGGUGUUAUUGAAGUUAACUAGUUACGUUUCUCCCUUCCCACUAGCCUGCAAGCAUGUUGACGGCUGGGACAACUUCCAAAGUAAUUUUGGUAUCUGCAGCACAUAGCACAUAGUAGGUGCUCAAUUAAUGUUGACGAAUUAAACUGAUUAGUAAUAAACAGUUUUGCUGAUGUGUUAUAUCCACAAUCUACAAAACACUUAGAGCCCGCUCUGGUUUCUGACCACCAUCAUCUUAAUAAUUACACAUCUUGACGUCAGAAACGAAUGACAUCCUGAUGAAAAGGAAUACCUCUGGGGUUUUACAUUAAAAUUUUGACUUGUCAUUUACUUUAGUAUGGCCUGUUUUGGGGGAGUCUUUUGAUCUUGAUCUUGGGACUUCCCAUCUCUAUUGUCCUAAUAUGUAGGGUUGAAAUGUAGCAGUUUCUUAAAUAUAUUUCGCACUACAUUCACCACAGAGUUUACCAGAUUUGACCUAAAAUUAGACUUGCCUGCAGCACUGCGUUGCUACUUCAAGUUCGACUGCUCAAUGCCUACUGUCAAAAUGGUUCCAAGAUCCAUUAUAUGACAAUGCUUCUCCCCUUCGAAAGGGGAGAGAUAAAGAAAACCUGGCUAAACAUGUGACAUGGUGGAGUUCUUAAACUUGCCCAGGUUCUGUACCAACUAUUGUUACUUGCCCUUCCCAUCGGUCUCAAGGGCCCAAGAGUAGCCCCUGGAACCUGCUGAAGCUAGCAGCUUCCUGGCGAGGCCACCUUUCCGCAGGAGACACACCUGCACCCGCCAUGCCCCCGUGGCCCUCGCCGCAGAAGCCGCCUCUGGGGCACAGCUCAGCCCAGAUCACGUGCCCCUGUCCAGUCCACCGCCCCCGGGCCCAGGCCCGCCCAGUCAGCCGGGCAGAGGCCGCCCGGAUCAAGCACGCCCCGGCGGCCCGGGCCGGGCCCAGCCAAUGGGCUGCCGGCGUCCGCAUGACCCGCGCCGGCAGGAGGGCUUGAGAAAGCCGGCAGGGCGCGCACGCUGCCGGGCUGUAUCGUCACCCACGCUGCCGCCGGGACUGGAAGUGAGCCGCACGGGUCAAGAGUGCGAGCGAGACAGUGAGUGGGUCCCGCUGCCGCCCGUACCCGGGGCGAAGCAUGGCGGCCGCCAAGGUGGCUUUAACCAAAAGAGCAGAUCCAGCUGAGCUAAGAACAAUAUUUUUGAAGUAUGCAAGCAUUGAAAAAAAUGGUGAAUUUUUCAUGUCGCCCAAUGACUUUGUCACUGGAUAUUUGAACAUUUUUGGAGAAAGCCAGCCUAAUCCAAAGACUGUGGAACUUUUAAGUGGUGUGGUGGAUCAGACCAAAGAUGGAUUAAUAUCCUUUCAAGAAUUUGUAGCCUUUGAAUCUGUCCUGUGUACCCCUGAUGCUUUGUUCAUGGUGGCCUUUCAGCUAUUUGACAAAGCUGGCAAAGGAGAAGUCACUUUUGAGGAUGUUAAGCGAGUUUUUGGACAGACCACAAUUCAUCAGCAGAUUCCAUUUAACUGGGAUUCAGAAUUUGUGCAACUACAUUUUGGAAAAGAAAGAAAACGACACUUGACAUAUGCGGAAUUCACUCAGUUUUUAUUGGAAAUACAGUUGGAGCAUGCAAAGCAAGCAUUUGUACAGCGGGACAAUGCCAGGACCGGAAGAGUCACAGCCAUUGACUUCCGAGACAUCAUGGUCACCAUCCGCCCCCAUGUCUUGACACCUUUUGUGGAAGAAUGUCUAGUAGCUGCUGCUGGAGGUACCACAUCCCAUCAAGUUAGUUUCUCCUAUUUUAAUGGAUUUAAUUCACUCCUUAACAAUAUGGAACUCAUUAGAAAGAUCUACAGUACUCUGGCUGGCAACAGAAAAGAUGUAGAAGUGACAAAGGAGGAGUUUGUUCUGGCAGCUCAGAAAUUUGGUCAAGUUACACCCAUGGAAGUUGACAUCUUGUUUCAAUUAGCAGAUUUAUAUGAGCCACGGGGACGAAUGACCUUAGCAGACAUUGAACGAAUUGCACCUCUGGAAGAGGGAACUCUGCCCUUCAACUUGGCAGAGGCCCAGAGGCAGAAGACCUCAGGGGACACAGCUCGGCCAAUUCUCCUGCAGGUUGCAGAGUCAGCUUACAGGUUUGGCCUGGGUUCUAUUGCUGGAGCUGUUGGAGCCACUGCCGUGUAUCCUAUCGAUCUUGUAAAAACUCGAAUGCAAAACCAACGAUCCACUGGCUCUUUUGUGGGAGAACUUAUGUAUAAAAACAGCUUUGACUGUUUUAAGAAAGUGCUACGCUACGAAGGUUUCUUUGGACUCUAUAGAGGUCUGUUGCCACAGUUAUUGGGAGUCGCCCCAGAGAAGGCCAUAAAACUUACAGUGAAUGAUUUUGUGAGGGAUAAAUUUAUGCACAAAGAUGGUUCGGUCCCACUUGCGGCAGAAAUUCUUGCUGGAGGCUGUGCAGGAGGCUCCCAGGUGAUUUUCACCAAUCCUUUAGAAAUUGUCAAGAUUCGUUUGCAAGUGGCUGGAGAAAUCACCACGGGUCCUCGAGUCAGUGCUUUGUCUGUCGUACGAGACCUGGGGUUCUUUGGGAUCUACAAGGGUGCCAAAGCAUGCUUUCUGCGGGACAUUCCUUUCUCGGCCAUCUACUUCCCAUGCUAUGCUCAUGUGAAGGCUUCCCUUGCAAAUGAAGAUGGGCAGAUUAGCCCGGGAAGCCUGCUCUUGGCUGGCGCUGUAGCUGGUAUGCCUGCGGCAUCUUUAGUGACCCCUGCUGAUGUUAUCAAGACAAGAUUACAGGUGGCUGCCCGGGCUGGCCAAACCACUUACAGCGGAGUUAUAGACUGCUUUAGAAAGAUAUUGAGGGAAGAAGGCCCAAAAGCUUUGUGGAAAGGAGCUGGUGCUCGAGUAUUUCGAUCCUCACCCCAGUUUGGUGUAACUUUGCUGACUUAUGAAUUGUUACAGCGAUGGUUCUACAUUGAUUUUGGAGGAGUAAAACCCAUGGGAUCGGAGCCAGUUCCUAAAUCCAGGAUCACACUGCCUGCUCCCAAUCCUGAUCAUGUUGGGGGCUACAAAUUGGCGGUGGCAACUUUUGCAGGGAUUGAAAACAAAUUUGGACUUUACUUACCACUCUUCAAGCCAUCAGCAUCUACCUCAACAGCUAUCAGUGGAGGCCCGUAGAAGGACCAGCGGCAGGAUGUUGCCGUAGCAUUGUUGUUAUAACAGUAAAGAACACCUCACCUCUGAUUUAGCAACAUCUCAUCCCUUUCACUUCCAUCUCUGGUUUAAAUUCUAGUUGAGGCUUUUUAUAAAGUGAAAUCAUGCAUUUUCUGUGUUUUCUUAACCAGAUCAUUAUGAAAUUAUUAAUAAUUAUCCUUUGGGCCUCAGCCUUAUAUCUGACAUGUAUUAGAAUUUGGUCAACACUGCCUGAUUUGGGGAAAGGAGCAAAUUGGAAUAGAAAUUAGGGCUGUACUCCUUGGACUGAGAUUGGAAUCCCAGAGAGGCUACUGAAAAGCAAUCAUGGUGCUCAGAGCAAAGUGCUUCUUGUGUGUUUAAACUGGUAGUAAGCUGAGUGCAUAUUUAUAAAAGUAAAAAACACUGGAAGAAAUGAAAAAACUAUCAGAAAUAGCCAGCCUGGCUUCAAAUCUUAAACAUGCACAAAUUCUGUCUCUGGAUUAUAUUAUGAAGCUUUUAUGUGAAACAUGUUUUUUUGUAAUGAAAACCACAUUGAAGAUGUUUAGUAAUCAUAUUCUGUUACUGGUGCCAAGACUACUAGGGAAAAGCCUUUGUGCUUUAGGGAAGUACUUUCGGCAUUUUAUUAUAUAGACUUAGAAAGUAUUGAAUGCAGCACUUCUCCUGGAUGUGCUAAAUUUAGGUAACUGUCCAUAUGAUGCACAUAUGUUGAUUACUGCCUGUUUCAGUAGGCACUGUAGAAGAAAUGUCUGUUCCCUGUUGCAGGUACUUGCCCUAAUCCCUCUCCCCAUAAUCGGUACCCAUUGCCAUUAAAAUCCACUUUAUCUUGCAUCAUACAAGACAUAUAUUCUAAUGUAAGUUUUUAUUUAAUUUCUGGGGCCUUGCAUAAUGUUCAGAGGCCCAUGUGUUUGUGAAGGUGGAAAUAAACUGUUUUUAAA